AUGGACUUAACAGUAGAACCAAGUUUGGAAUCUUUGAUUACCUCAACCACCCAUAGAUGGAUCUUUGUUGGAGGUAAAGGUGGUGUUGGUAAGACCACGUCAUCUUGUUCUAUUGCCAUUCAAAUGGCAUUGGCUCAACCAAACAAACAAUUCCUUUUGAUUUCCACAGAUCCUGCACAUAACUUAAGUGAUGCUUUCGGUGAGAAGUUUGGUAAGGACGCCAGAAAAGUUACCGGCAUGACGAACUUAUCUUGUAUGGAAAUUGAUCCAUCCGCUGCAUUAAAAGAUAUGAAUGACAUGGCUGUUGCCAACAGCCAAGGAGGUUCCGGGGAAUUUUCUGAUCUUCUUCAAGGUGGCGCUUUAUCAGAGUUGACAGGGUCAAUUCCAGGUAUCGAUGAAGCUUUAUCCUUCAUGGAAGUUAUGAAACACAUUAAAAACCAAGAAAAAGAUGAGGGUGACAGUUACGAUACUGUGAUUUUCGAUACAGCUCCAACAGGUCACACUUUAAGAUUUUUACAACUACCAACUACAUUAUCCAAGCUUCUAGAGAAAUUUGGUGACAUCACUGCAAAGUUGGGACCAAUGUUGAACUCUUUUGCUGGAGCCAACAACGUCGAUGUUAUUGGUAAAAUGAACGAGUUGAAGGCCAACGUUGAAAAGAUCAAAGAGCAAUUCACUGACCCAGAUAUGACCACUUUUGUGUGUGUUUGUAUCAGUGAGUUCUUAUCUUUGUACGAAACGGAAAGAUUAGUACAAGAAUUGAUCUCUUACGACAUGGAUGUUAACUCUAUCAUUGUUAAUCAGCUUCUAUUUGCCGAGAAUGAUGAGGGCGAUAGUUGUAGAAGAUGUAAGUCAAGAUGGAAGAUGCAAAAGAAGUACUUGGAUCAAAUUGACGAAUUAUACGAGGACUUCCAUAUCGUUAAAAUGCCAUUGUGCGCUGGUGAAAUCAGAGGCUUAAACAACCUAAAAAAGUUCUCGCAAUUCCUAGUUAAGCCUUACGACCCUGUUGCCGACAGCAAAAUCAUAUAUCAGCUAGAACAACAGGAUUAG